ACCUUUGGAGCCAACCAGUGUGUGUGGAAACUGGGUAAGGAGGACAGUAAAGAGCGGUUGAACGGCGGACUAAUGACAGCUGUCAGUGUGGACAAAAACAUUGUCAAUCUUUGAAUAGAAGCCUAAUGGCUGUCCCCUAAACCUCCAGGAGAUAAGGGACAACAUCUUGGCACCACUGCGGGCUACACAAACCGUGUCGCGAAGGUACUCUCACAUAGUCCUGUGUAUUUUUUGGCCUUGCACAUUGCUUGUCGGAAUACACAUCCAGAGGCAACAUGGGGACUCAGGGCUGUGGUAGAAAGCGUGCCCCUCUGAAAGAUCGCUUCUCAGCAGAGGAUGAGGCCUUGAGUAGCAUUGCUAGAGAGGCAGAGGCGAGGCUGGCAGCGAAGAGAGCAGCUCGGGCAGAGGCCAGGGAUAUUCGGAUGAGGGAACUUGAGCGACAGCAGAAAGAGCUUUCUUACCACUCAGCCAGCAGUAGCAACAGAAAAUGGGGUCAGAUCCACCAGUGGAUGGCUGACACAGAAAAAGCCAGAGCAUCUAGUAGUAAUAGAUCCAGCAGCCGACACCACCGGCAGGGGCUGGAUGAUGAUGUCGUGUCAGUCCGCAGCUACAGAUCAACCUCCUCAGCUUUACGUGACCUGGGGUCUAGUCGAUCCAGCUCCCGUAGAAAAGAUGCACUGUCUGACGGUCUCUCCGCUAGCUCCACCCUCAAGAGUUCCCGUUCCACUAGUUCUGUGUACAAUGACCUGCAUGGCCAUAAAAAGUCUUCCUCCAGUUCCUCGAAGAAGGACCUGCUGACUGGACUGUACCAUGAUAAAAGGAACUACACCAGCCUAAUGAAGACCAAACCACCCUCUCUGCCCUCCACUUCAACCUAUCAGCCUCGGGCCACCACUUCCUCAUCCUCCACCACUGGCACAGGGCUCUCUCGCAGCUACAGCAUGGCCUCUAUUUAUGAUGACCCCGGUCUUUACGGCUCAGGCUACAGUUCAAGAGCUCCGUCUGAAUACAGCUGGUACUCCUCCGGAGCCAGUUCCACUCGCAGCAGUCCUGCGAAUUCCUCAGAUGAUGACACUGUCAGCAGUGUGUCCCAGGAAAACUUCAACAGAGGCCGCAGGGACAGUGUGUCCUCUGACUUUUCGGACAUUAGUGAGUCGGCCGCCGACUAUUUCAGCCGCUCUAAUCGAAGGGGCAGUAUUGUGUCUGACCUUGAUGAUUUGAGCAUUCCCGAUCUGGACACUCUGGAUGACAAAUGUGAAAAGCAGUACUCAGAUUUCAGUCGGCCGUCCUCCCGCUGCACCACCCCAGGCCUCUCGGCAGCCACGCUGGCCUCGCUGGGCGGCACCUCGUCACGCCGGGGCAGCACAGAUACCGGAAGCGCUUAUGACCCUGACACCAGUCUGAGUGAACUUAAGGAUAUCUAUGAACUUAAGGACCAGAUUCAGGAUGUAGAAGGGCGGUACAUGCAAGGGCUUAAAGAGAUGAAGGAGUCACUCACAGAAGUAGAAGAGAAGUAUAAGAAAGCCAUGGUAUCGAAUGCACAGUUGGACAACGACAAAGCCAACCUCAUCUAUCAAGUGGACACACUAAAGGACGUCAUAGAAGAAAUGGAGGAACAAAUGUCAGAGAUGAGAAGGGAGCUGGAAGAUAAAUCGAAGGAACUUGAAAGACAAAAGCACACGUGUACAGUCCUGCAGCAUAAACAGGAGGAACUGAAAGAGGGGCUCCGCCAGAGAGACGAGCUCAUAGAGGAAAGCCAGCGAAUGCAGACUAAGUUAGAUGCCCUCACCAGAGAGGUGUUUGACCUGCAGGAAACGAUAAACUGGAAGGACAAAAAAAUCGGGGCGCUAGAGAGACAAAAAGAGUACUUUGAUUGCAUUAGGAAAGAGAGAGAUGAGCUCAGAGAUGAGCUUGCUGACAUCAAGGAGAAAGCCAUAACAGGAGAGCGACAUGGACUGGUCAUCAUCCCAGAUGGUACACCGAACGGAGAUGUCGACCACGAACCUUUGUCCUCAGGAAUCACUGUGGUGUCCCAGGAGGCCGCCCAGGUGCUGGAGUCUGCAGGAGAAGGUCCACUGGAUGUCAGGCUACGGAAGCUAGCAGAGGAGAAAGAUGAACUGUUGGCUCAAAUCAGAAAGCUAAAGAAUCAGCUGGAGGAGGAGAGACAGAAACACUCGAAGGUGGACGGUACGUUUACAGAUGUGGAAAACAUGGAGAACGGUACAGACCUUCACUUUAUUGAGCUGCAGAGAGAUGCCAACAGACAGAUUAGUGAAUACAAAUUCAAGCUUUCUAAGGCAGAACAGGAAAUCGGUACAAUGGAACAAAAUAUUAGCAGACUUGAAGGGCAAGUGACCAGGUACAAGUCAGCUGCUGAUAACUCGGAGAAAAUAGAAGACGAACUGAAAGCAGAAAAACGGAAACUGCAAAGAGAGCUACGCACUGCUCUAGACAAAAUUGAAGAAAUGGAGAUGACCAACAACCACCUAGUAAAGCGCCUCGAGAAGAUGAAGGCCAACAGGAAUGCUCUUUUGUCACAGCAGUGAGGCGAGGCAGCAUCACCUCAGGAGCCCUUAAACCCGCGUCACAGACCUCUGACUGCCAUAUUGCAUCUGGAGCACAUUUUAUUUUGGGCUGUAACACUUUAAGAUUGGUAGCUAACCAAAAACACUUUAAAAACUUAACUUGUAGCACAGGCAGAAGGCUGAACUGUGUCUGUUGGGUUUGUCUGGCGAGACAUGACAAACUAAUAAAACUUAUGUUGCUGGGAGAUAGAUUUGAGAAAGUUUCUCUUAAAUGUCACUUAAUUUUUAAGAGCUUUGUACGACAUUAUGUAAACUGAGAUUUUAUUUCUCUCUGGUUGGGUGCUUGGCUGUACUUAUUUUGAUUUUUUUCGUUUUGUUUUCUUGAGGGGGGGGUAAAUUGCAUGAAUGAGUAUAUUGAUGCUUUUAAACUAUUCAGCUCUCACAGCUGCUUCGGUCCUGCACCUUCCCAGCUUCCCUCACACAGUGAAGUGCCUUUUCACACUAGGAGACUGGGGGUCUGCACCACUCAAUGAAACAUUGUUUUAACAGGUACACAAUGAUGUAUUUAAAAGGAUGCAGUCACUAUUGAAACUAUACAGAACAAACCGUCUGACGUUUCAUUGAAAUUUUUCAAAUAUUUAAAAGAUUUCUUGAAAAUAAAUGUGUAAUUUACAAACCUGUGUUAAAAACUGGA